UGGUUUCAAGGCCUUAUUCCGCCCCCCACGACGACCCCCACGCAGCCCCGUCCCCCCGGUGUGCCCAUGGCGCCGAUGGAGCCGGAGGACUUGGAGGAGAGCGACGAGGAAGAGGACGACGACUCCGACGAGGAGGAAGAGGAGGUGGUUCAACGUCCGGGCGGUAAAAGCUUCGUGGCACAGCUGGUGGAGGACUUGCAGAAGAAUCCUUACGACCAAGAGCUUCAUGCCGCGCUGGUGAGCGCCUUCCGGGAAAGCGCCCAGCUGGAGAAGCUCCGCCGCGCGCGGGACGCGGCCGCCGAUCGGGUGGCUCUGCCGGAGUCCUUCUGGUUGGAGUGGCUCCAAGAUGAACUGCCCUUGGCCACCGAACCUGCUGAAGUUGAGGCGCUGGACGACUUGCACCGCCGGGCCUGUGCCAUGUGCCCCACGGGGCCUGUCUGGCUGGCGCGCUGCGCGCUACACCGAGAGAGGUCGUCCGAUGCUGGCAAGGUGCGUUCGGUCUAUGAAGAGGCCUUGAAAGUACUGGGGCAGCAUCCAGGGUACGGCGUGGAGAUUUGGGCCGACUACCGGGACUUCGAAGAGAACUUGCUCAGUGCAGCAGGUGCAGACGAGAAGGCUCUGCAGGUGCAGCGAGUGAGGACGCUCUUCAUGAGGCAGAUGGCCUUGCCGUUGCCCGGGAGGGAGAGGCUUCAAGAAACUCACCAGACCUUCGAAGGUGCCCUGGAGCCGAAGCUCCAGAGCCGCACGGCCCACGCCAAGAUGGCGGCGCUCAGCGCCGCGGCGGCCGAGCGCUGGGCGCCGCGGGAGCCCUUGGAGCUGAAGCUGCGCGAGGCCUGUCGGCCCUCGUUGGUCAUGGUCUCCACGGCGCCCUCGGGCGCGGCGGGCGCGAGCCCGGCGGAGAUCGCGGAGGAGCUGCUGCGGCUGGAGGAGCAGAGCGGGGAGAAGGAGCGGAUCGCGUGUGCGUUGCUACGCUGCACGCAGUUUGACCCAAAGGAGGUCAGGCAUUGGAUCCGCUUGGCCGACGUGGCGGACGCCGUGGAAGUCUUGGACCGGGCGGUGCACCAUUGUCCGAUGGAGGAAGAGCUGUGGAUGAGAUUACACGCCGAGACGGAGGCCUCCGCCCCCUCCGCGCCCAGCGCGGCCGCGCGCCGCGUCCAGCAGCGCGGCCUGGCGGCGCUGGGCGCGUCGGCCGUGCGGCUGCGCGAGCUCGUGCCGGCCGACGCACCCGCGGAAGCGGCGGGGUCCGCCGCUAUUCCCCGCGGCGCGGCGGAAGCGGCGGGGUCGGCCGAUGCUGCGGAGGCGGAGGCGCCGAGGAAGCCCAAGCCGAAGCCGAAGCCGAAGGAGCCGGCGAAGCGCAAAGCGUUCCGGUCCCAACAGCAAGAAAAGCGGCAGAAGACCGAGCCAGAGGCGCCUCCGGCCGACGCCGCGACUGCGGCCGAAGGCGGACCGGCCGCACAAGACGGGACUGCGGAAGACACGGCGGUGGAGAAGCCACAGCCAGCCGUGGAGGAGCCACCGACCGAGCCGACCGAGCCCGCGGCAAGCGAGGACGCCGCGGCAGCGGCGAGCGAGGAGCACAAGUCAAUGGAGGUGGAGGAGGCAGAGGACGCGGAGGAGGUAGCUCAACCACACAAAGGCUCGCACUACCACCAGCGGCGCUUGGCCGAGAAGGCGCAAGACUUGAAGCUGGAGGAGGAAGGGCAACACACCGUCUUCGUGGCCAAUCUCGAUUGGUCCGUCGAUGAAGCUCAGCUCUACCGCGUCUUUCAGGACAUCGACGGUCUGAAGGACGUGCGUUUGGUCCGCGACUUCUUGAAGAGGUCCAAGGGCUACGCCUACGUGGACUUCCAGACGCCUGAGCAGGUGACGGAGGCUGCCGAGAAGUUCAAUGGGCAUCUCAUCAACAACCGUGCCAUGAAGGUGGCACGUUCACUACCGACGAAGCAGCUCUAUCAGGAGCGGUACUUCCCUCAGAAGGUAUGUCUAGUACCCUCCUGGCACCCACCCCACACACCUUCUCAGAGGGUACAUGGAGCCCUAGGGUUUCUGAAAAGGACACACAUACCAGCACCUGGCUGGACCUCGGGGUCACCUGGCUGGAAGCCCGCCCCAGCCCACAGACCGAUCAGGGACCUCCAGCCAGGACACCCCGUGAAGACCGUCAGGUCCAGGUAG